UGUGGUAGCAGUAGGACCUAUGGUGCUCCUCGUGAGAGAAACACGUGUGUUACAUUCCCUUGCCUUGUAUCGUGGCCUUUGUGAAAGGAUGAAAAACUUCGUGAUAUAACCUGCGCGGGAUAACUAUGCCUGCGCCCUUUGCUGUCUGUGUCGAGUUUAGGAAUGAAAGUUUGUGAGGGAAGAAAAAUAGUGCUAGUGAGGCGAAAAUUGUUUAGUGUGCUGUCACGGGUCCCGAAAAGCACAGCGACAUCAGCAUCUUGGUCCUCUUAUGAAUCUGACUGUUGUUAUGGAUAUUAAUGGCGAAGGCUUCACGUGGGUGGGAAAACAAGCUCCGUUGUGAACUUUCGGAAAGCAACGUCGAUGUAAUUAAUCAUUCACGCUCAACCCACCGACCAAACAGAUUGGCGAGGGGCGUGACAUACCAUGCACUCCACCAUCUUUAUCGAUUGUCACUAAAAAUGCAUGGUGACCUUUUGGUGUUGCCUUAGAGGAGGGCGAGAGAGGUUGUGAGACCUGCACGCCGCACGCGACUGUUGUAUGAACAGCUUUUUAGGGUGAAUUGUACACGAGCUCAGAGUGACUAACAACUUGUUUACGCUAUUUAAAACGUAUCAGAAGUGAGAAUAGUAGUACAACCAAGUGAAUGUAAAAUAGCUCAGUACCACAAAUAGCGUAUGUGAACAUCAGCACAUUUACAUAGCAAAAUGUGUGAUGAUGUAAACAUAGGCGAGAGGUCGUGUCUAGGUCGUGCAUUUGUGUGCUUGUGUUGUGCCAGCGCGUGUGGGCUGGUGAGGUGACGCUGCAGCUGAGUGGGAUGGUGCAGGUCCUGGCAUCAGCAUGAAGGAGAAGUGUGAGGGAGAGAGGGCGACCCAGACGGGGGAGGCCAUGGCGCUAUCCAGGGCUGCUGCCGCUGUCGCCCCUGGUGCCGGAGCGCCUCCCCGCGACCCCGAUAACGUGAACGGCAACUCUUCCAGGGACUUCCAGCUGCAGACAUCACGUGGUGGUCCUCGUCUCAUCACCAUCAGCAGAACUGACCACGGCUUCGGCUUCACUUUGCGUCACUUCAUCGUAUAUCCUCCUGAACUCUCGGAGCUGCUGGCCGACCAUGGUGGGCCCGCGGCGUCGUCCCUGUCCUCCCUCGAUCCUCUCGACACCAUCUUCGUCAAAAACGUGAAGCCUGGCAGCGCCGCGCACCUGGCCGGCCUCAGGACAGGUGAUCGUGUUGUAAGUGUAAACGGAGAGAGUGUUGCGACCCAGAGCUACCAGCAGGUUGUGAGCACCAUCCAGCGUUCUCCACCUGUGCUCCAGCUUAUGGUAGUCCCCAGGGAAGAGGACCUUUUGCAGCAGGUUUUUGGGGAGACAGCACACAACCCAGAAAGCAACUUAGAUGUAAGAAUGCCCACACCCAGCCCUGGCCACAUACCUCCACAGCAACCUAACAGGCAGCAUCUUCCACCAACAAACUUUUCACACUCACCUUUGGGAAUACCUCAAUAUCCACAGAAUCUUUCUCCAUCUGCGUGGUCAUCACAGUCAUCCCUAUCUUCACAUAUAUCUAACAUGUCAACUGGUCCUCAUCCGCCACCUGUAAUGGUGGUCCAUCCGCCAUUUCAUCAGCGACCGCAUCAGGCAUCUGUGAUCCCUCCACCCCAUGGUGCACACAUCCCCAUUCACCCUCACCAUCAGCAAACAGCAACCCGUCAAAACCAGGCAAAUGUACAAUAUAGACAAGGACCUCGAAAGCAUUCUUUGGCAAGUGCAGGGGAUGCCAAAAAGUCAACAGUGGGUAGUGUCAAUAGAAAACAGUCCUUACCAAUGGUGGUAGAUAGAAAACAAGCUGUGUAUACCAUUCAAAAUACAAUAUCUGGAGUGCCUCAUCAUGUGCCUUCUCCACCUGGUAAUCAAAGUUCUUUGCCUGCAAGUACAAAUGCUACUGGUACUGCCCCUCAAGUAGCAACAAGUGAACAUGCCAGUGCUUCUGUGUUUGGUGUUUAUGAACCUAUUUUAGAUAGAGCUGUUGGAAGAGGAAGUUUUAGGGAUAGCAGAAGGUUAGAACGUGAUCCUGAUGGACGUAUAUAUGAAGUUGUCCAGACCAGAGUAGUGGAAAGCAAAUUCAAUACUGGUGACAGUGAUAAGAAAGAAAGUGGUAGACAAAAUAAAGGUCACCAUUCAAACCAGGGAACUCACAUAGGCCGGAAAACUUCAGUUGGAGAUUCUGAUGUUAAACGUGUUCGUGUUCAGUCACUCUCUCCUCCUAGACUGAAAAUAGACCAAGUUCAUGCCAGAAGUGCAAGUGUGAAUACUCGAUCUGAAGCCUUGAAUAAUAAUGGUGUCAAUGAAGGAAGUAUUCAUGGUAGUCAUCAAAGUCUCAAUAGCACACAAAGUGAAGGGAAGAACACAAAUCGACAAAACUCACAUUCUAGGAAAAGCUACUCUGAACCAAUUUCUAGUAAUAAGGAAAAUUAUAUGACUGAUGACAAAUCAACUCAAGAGGUAAUAGAGAGAAUCAAGAAGGACACAGAAAGGAAAGAGGAGUUUUUACGAAGACCAAAUCAGCCCAUUUGGCUUCCUGCCAGCAAAAGCCCUCUCAUUCACAGUGACUAUCAUGUAAAUCCACAGAAAUUUCAGCGUCCCAUAUGGCCUCCGCCUGGAGCUCAGACCCCUCCUUCACCAGGAGCUAUCACAAAGGCGCUCACAUUCAUUGUUGCACCAAAACAAGACCAUUCUCAUUUACGGAGGGUAAAGUCUGAGAUUGAGCAGAGGCAAAAUUCUACUGACAGUAGUUCAAGUAUGAGAGGAAGUAGUGUCCCAGCUGGUAGCAAUUUGAGUGAGAGCUCAAUAGCAGGUCUAGAGAUGGAUGGGACACCUGAGGCUGAACACUCUAAGCAAAAUUUGCCUGUAGCUCAAGGUGCUUCUGGUGCAUUACCUCGUUCUUUGGUGGUCAAUGCUGUUCCCAAACCAUAUGUUGGAAGUGCUUCUGAGGCUAAUCCUGCAAAUUUGAGAUUUGGAAAGUCCUUCACAACGACUCUCUCUCGUAUUCAGGAAAAUAUCCCCAUACCAGAAUAUGGUUCAUCGUCAUCCCUCACAAGUCAAGGUCAGACAAGUAGUAAACAGGGAGAUACUUCCCAGGGUGUCACUCCUGGGGGUACUCCAAGUGGUAGUCAAACUUCUCUAAAUUCUGCAAGUCUCCGAUCCAUACCUUUAGCAUGGGUAGGCGAUAAUGAGCGUAUAAAGCAGCUUCAGAUUGUAUCCCGAAGAGCUAAGCAGUUUGAAAGUAGUCAGUUGGAGAAAGAAGCAUCCGCUAAGUCUGCAUUCCACCGCUUUGAGCUUUCUCGCCUGUCUCAACGCUCAAAGAUACCCAAUGUAGCUCAGAGGAAACAAGAAUUUGAGACCAAAGACCAAUUACCACCUGGUUUUGACUUUGAAUUUGGCACACACUUCAAUAACACACCAAGGCAGCGUAAGAGUGCAGAAUUAAUGAAAGGUGACCUGGUCUGUCAUGAGAUGUCUCCUUCACCUCCUAAGGUGUUUAGAUCUCUCUCUGAUGGAGGUAAUGUGUUCCCUGUCAAUAGGAGGCUCUACUCACCAACAGCAGAAGAGGGUGUUAAAAUUGCGACAGUGUCAGAAGCUGGUGUUGUGAGACGGGUUGCUAUAAAUCGCACCAUACCUGUCGGUGGUCCUCACAUACACUGUGAACCACCACCUCUUUAUGGUUCCUCUCACAGGCCUCAAAGUGAUCCAGAUGUUUUGGAGAGGGAACGAUCCAAUUCAGUUUGCUCACAGGUAUCUAUGGCGAGUCUCUUGUCGACACAGUCCAUGGACGAAACGGGCAGUGGUCGACAAAAGACAGUAGCUCGUCAGAAUUCUUAUCUCAGUGCUCUGCGGUCGCCCCUUCAUGACGGAGAGCUAGCGAAGAAACCCGGUGAUCCUAAACCGCCAUCAUCAUCACCCAUCACCGAGACCAGCACCCCCUCAUUCCCCCAACCUGCGACCACCACCACACCCACGGGUGGCCACGCCCUCCGCCCAAAACGCCCAACCUUCUUGCCAAUCAAGAACCAUGCUCGUCCCGCUCUCUCGUCCAAUGACAAGCAGUCCCCGAGCCGUGUUGGCAAGGGAUUGGAGGAGAGAACGCAUGAGUCCCUCUCUCUUUAUGCGAGCACCAAUCAGAAAGCACAUCCUUCCUCGGCACUCAACAGCCUGCCCAAUAGCAUGUACCAGUUUCCAGCAGUGGCGGCCUCAUCGUCGCAGGCACAUACCCCGGUCGCGGGCGGGGGCACAGGCGUGCCUGGGGGUGCAUUGGUGACCCCGGCAUCAACGCCCACCGUGGCCACCCCCAGCGCCCCCAGCACCACCACGACCGCCUCCGCCUCCGCUCCCGAAGCCUCGUCCGCCACGACGGUCGCCCGCAGGAACAAGGCUGUGUAUGAAGACGAGGGCGAGCGGCUGGUGCGGCGGGUGUCGUACCUGAAGGCCACCUCGGGGGACCGCAUGUACUCCGACUCCGAACUCGACUCCGACACCGACGACAAGUCUGGUUCUCGGGGCGAGGGACUCGAGGGCGUGGUGGCAGACGGGGGCGUGGUGUCGAGAGUGGGCACCCCCGUGACCCCAGGAGGACCCUUGUGCGUGGGGGACCUGCCCUCCCCUGCCUCCCUCCAGUCCGCCAUCCUCAGGCAAGGGUCGCUGCACGUGAAGCUCACAAUGGUCGACGGCAAGAGAGCGGGCGACAGGUCUUGGAAAACAGUGUGGGCGGUAGUACAAGGACACGCCCUCAUCUUCUACAAGGACCGCCAGCAUGCCCUGCAGGUGACGUACAAGACUCCUUUUAAAGUACUAUUUUUUCCUAACCUUUUUUGUAUCACCAACCCAAGCCCCAUCAUUUCGCCGAUAUGGUCAUGUCCAUUUCCAUCAUCAGCGUUCACCGAGGACUAUUUUUGCGGGUCACAUCAUCGCCCAGGACGACCGACCUCGUAGACAGCGAUUUUGAGGAGAAUAAAGGAAACCAUAAUUCGCGCCAUCCUGUUGACGUGUGACGUCUUGGUCGUUGUUUCCGCGAAGUGGCUUUUGAAUAAAACAAACACUCAGCACCGUGACGCAAUCGCAUUCUUUUAAGGGAAAAGAAAACGUGGGCUUAUCAGAAUGCCAUGGAAAAGCAAGUUUAAGUAUUUUUUAUAAACACAAUUACAUUGCGUCGACGUGACCUCGGCGAGAUCCUCCCUUGGCGGUGACGCAUAGCCCGCCUCUCAAGGAGUGAGUAGCCGCUCUGUCACUCGAGUAACAGCAUUGCAUUAUUGUGUGAAAGUAUGAGUCUGUAUGCGUGCGUUUGGAUGUGUAUUUUCCCAAGCCCGAGGCUGCGAGCGCACUCAGACACGAACGCUGCUCUACUCAUGCCUUAAAGCGAGUAAUAUCAACAGACCUUCCUUUGUGCGAUUCCUGCAGGACGGUCAGGUUGUAUCCCACGGGUUCGUCUUACUUUUGAGAUGUCGGUGUUGUCAUUUAUGGGAUUGCUGUAGGCCUAAGAGGCGUGAGAAAUUGGAUUAUUAACACAUGAUAAGCUUGAAUCUUUAGAAACACAGGCGUGAGCGAUAAGCGGAAACCAGAGUAUCGUAAUGACGUCACGUUGGUAACUUUAUACUACUCUCUGACGUAUGACUCUAGAAUGAGGGGAUACUCAUU